AUGGCGGGUAGAUUCUCUUACGCAGAGAAAGGAAAAGCUAUUGCCACGUCACAAGAGAACCUUGGGAGGAAAAGAAUCCGAGCACCGGAAAUGGAUACAGCAGAUCUCAUACAAGAAAACUCUCUUACGCUCAUCGGAAGAAUCACCAAUCCUAGAGAACAGAGAAUCCGCUCCCUCAUCCCGUAUUUCACCAACCGUUGGGAGGUGAAAGGAGGUUUAGAAGGCUCAGAUCUGGGAAACAAUUGCUUCCAUUUCAGGUUUACCCUGGAGGAAGAUCUGAAAAGAAUCCUAGCGAACAGACCCUACCAGUUUGCUAUAUGGAUGGUGAUAGUACAGAGGUGGAAGCCCAUCAUCUCACUGGCCUUCCCUUCGCAGAUCCCUUUCUAG